AUGAACUCACUGAAUCCGCUCGUGGAGAUCAACGGGCUCUGUGUCGACGAUGUUAACCUGGCCGAGACUCGUCCGGAAUUUUUUCUUCCUAAGCUUGAAGAUGUCCCCCAGAACCCCAUCAUGGAGACUCUCAAGCUCUCGCUUGACUUGAAACGCUUGGACGACGUGAAGGUAGCGAGUGUCCUCGAUACCGGCUUGCAAUGGGGAAAGCCUUCUAUCCUGCAAGAAAAAUCUCCCAUACCUACUCCUGGCUCGUCUGCCAAGCCAGCGUCAGCUAGCCGAUAUCCUGGCGAUUUGUGGCGAUCAGCAGCUGAAAGCCGCCAGAUCAUCCGGCAUGCAAUCAAGUCGUGGGACACCCUCCGCUCCUCGUUUCCGUCACAAGCUAGUUCGACACCCUUCCUGUCUGAGCAGUCAUCGAAUGUAUAUAUGGCAGCACGUUACCAUGUCAUGCCACAGCUGCGACACCCUUCAAUUGCGCGCGUGUAUGCUACAGCUCGUGAUAUUGCCAUGGGGCUGCGACAGACUAUACUCGGGAUGUCAUCUCCGCUUCAUAUGUGGGAUCCCAUACAUGAGCAUUUUGUCCUUGAAGUGGUACUGCAGGGGAAGAACACAGAUGCUGAGGUUGUCAUCGAGGGCAAUGAUGAGAUCAUCAGUCAAAGUGUGCUAUCUCGGUUUCUAACCAUUGGGACUAUUAUGCGUCGUCUUGAUCAUCUUGUCGAAAAGAUGCGUGCGCGACCCAGCUCGAGUAAGCAGGCCUUCAAAUCUGCCUCGGGAGAGUCAACUAUGCAUGCUUUCACGCACGCUCUGUCCGCUGUUCUGGAAUACAUGGGAGAUGAGUUGUCAUCAAUUGCGUUCCCUGAAAAUGCUUUCGUGGACGCUUCCUCGAUUACUUCAACUUGGCUUCGGUAUGCCGAGUUCGAAGAAAUUGCUAGGGGUAUCGGUUCGCUUUGUGGGGUGGAUUAUGACAGGAAUCCAAAAUCUUAUAUCCCGAUCCCUGACAGUCCUGCACCGUUGCUCUCUCAUGUAUACACUCGGCUGUCAUCUCUGAUCGCGCAGCGAGCUCCACGCAGGCUGCUGGCACUAGUCUCGCAUCUGUUAUCGGCAACGUCCCAGCCGUACUUCAAAAGUCUAUCGGGGACCCUUGGCUACGGCACCCCAGUCGCAAGUGCGAGCAAGGCGGCUGGUAGUAGUCGAGCAGGCGCGUACCCUGGAGGAAUGGACAACGGCUUUGAAGAGUAUGAAGAAGAAACUGAGGAGGAUCGCUUGUUGACCGACAGUGCCAAUUUGCCUGCGUUCAUCAAUGACGAACUAGCCGAUGCCCUGCCUAGAGCGAAGAAGUCGCUCCAGUUGUUAUAUGCAGCAUCACCGGGGCAUCCUCUCUGUACAGGUGACAAUUGUGGGCCGCCACUGCGGUGGAUUUGGACGGAGGCCGAGGUCAGAGAAGCAUGGGGCCUCGCUCGGAGACCUUCAGAAGAUGAUAUCCGAUCCAAUUUAUGCGACCAGGAAUCGAUGAUACGGCCAAAACCCGGAGACGAAUCCGCUCCUAUUGACCCGAUCUCGAGGAUCUACAAACCAGGCUUAGAUUUCUUUGAAGUCUUCGACCAUGAACCCUCAGCGUUCGCGCUUGGCUCUCUCGCGCAGGUUCAUCGAUCCUCGCAGCAGGAAAACCUACGGUCGUUCGUCAACGCGUAUCCAAACGCCCUACCAUCUUUGUCACCGACCUUAACGCUUUUGACGGAACUCGUCUUGGCUCCCUUGGUUAAACACAUCUCUCAAUUAUCCGCCGCCGUGCUGGCUACAUUCCUCCCGCAAUCCUCCCCUAGUAUCGCAACUUCCCCACCCGUGUCAUCCCUAUCCCCCAUCCUUGACCUUCACGCGCAACUGGUCAUCUUACGAUCCUACCUUCUUUUGACGUCCCCGGCAUUCAAGUGGAGGCUAAGCGGUGCCUUGUUUUCAGACUCGGACUCAGACGAUGACCUUGAUGCGGGCAGUCUGGCCGCUCGUUUCAGGAUCAAACGCAUACGAUCAGCGUUUUCGACCGGCCAUAGCGAGCAUCCGUCACCUCCCGUUUGGGCUAUCGGGCUCGCCCCUGCGUUGACAGGUAGAGAAACCUGGCCACCCGGGGGAGCAGAUUUAAGCUUCGUUCUGCGUACCGUGAUAGUGGACUCUUUGCAGACCAUGUCUACUCAACGUGCUGUGAACUCAAAGAAAUCUAACGAGGGACCGGAAUUGGAGGCUGAUGAGGAUGCAGCACCACGUCUUCUGGAGGAGACUGAACGCAGACUGGGAUUUGCCAUCCGAGAUUUACCUACUGGUCCAGGCAGAGACAGGUGGCUCAAUCCUUUAUCCAUCGAAGCUCUUGACUUCCUAUACAUUGACUAUAAACCUCCGCAUCCGACCGAAGUCGUCAUCACGAGCGAAGCUUUGAACAAGUAUCAGCGAAUAUUUUCCUAUUUGCUUCGUGUCAUGCGUGUACAUCAUGUUACACUGGCUCUUUUUCGCAUGUCCCGAACCGCUUACGCCGCGCUGUUUCCGACGUUCUCCGCAGCCAACAAGCGAUUCCUGCAGUUGCGCUUCAGUAUGCACAGCUUCGUGACCGCGCUUUUGACGUACACAUUCGACACCGCCAUAGGAUCCAACUUUGAUCCCUUUUUGUCCCGCCUGUCUACGGAAUCCUUCGCAGACGUGUUUGAAUUGGCACAAGAACAUUCAAAGAUGAUGGACGAGAUCCUGAGCUCCUGUUUGUUGCGAUCGGCCCAGCGAGCUGCGGCCGAUUUGCUCAUGGGGUGUCUGGAACUUGUUUUGGACCUGGGUAUUCUUGCAAGUCGAGUUCGAGGAGGAAACCUUGAAGAAUAUAGAGCUGUUCCAGUGCUAGACGAUCUUCAUUCCAAAUAUCGACGAAGAGUAACAAAACUGGUGGAAGCGCUACGAGCACUCACGGAUGCAAACUCGAUCGAAUCCUCAUCCCAGUGGUCUACCCAGCAGUUACCUUCAGGGGAGAACCAUGUCAAACGCGCUCCGGGAGGGUUUAAUGCAUUGAAGGACUUAACCUCCAGGCUUGAAGGCAUGAAAUGGUAG